CGCGGGGAGUUGGCGUCUCGCGGUGUCUUUCCCCCUCUCUGACGCGCGGUGACUUCGGACAGUCGGCGCGCGCGACGUCCGACGACAAGUCAUGUGGGCUCCUUUCACCGCAGGCCUGCUGCAGGUCUCCCUGCUCCUGCUGGCCGCGCACUCAGGUUCCGCCAUCUUGUGCCACCGCUCCUUGUGCCUGGACGAUGCCAACAUAACAACGUGCACCAACAACCACACGACGCAGCUCGUCAACUGCAGCGAGCUGUUCGAGAACGAUGCCGACAACACGACGGCUUGCGUCAAGUACAGCGUCACAGGCGCGACGUACAGGCGGAUGUCGGGCGAGGACUUCAGCCCCUGCGAGUCGCUGCAGGUGAGGACUUGCUUCCGCUACGACUCGGCUGCCUCGCUGGACCUCGGCGGGCGGCUGCAAGACGCCAUGAGGUACGCCGGAGUCAACGAGACGGUGCUGGACGUGCGCGUGUGCCACGCCGACGCCUGCAACGCCGCCGGCGGCACGAGUUGGUCGACGGCAGCGCUCCUGGUGGCCGCGGCCGCCGCGGCGGUCGGCCGCCCAUAGAGCAACGACGCCGUAGAGACUGCGCGCAGUAAAUAUUUGUGGUCCCAACACUGAACGGCCACUAAGGUGACCACGCUACUGACUUUAAUAUCUUUUCUUGUCGUGCAAUUUUUGUCCUUAAUUUAAUGGCUUGCUUGAAGUAAGCGUUAACUCUCCACUGAUAUUAAAUGAGGAACUGAUGAAAUAAGAUGCCCGAAAAUUAUGUAAAACUAGAUGUGAAAUAAAUACAAACGAUGAGUAAA